CUACGUUUUACCAAAUACCAAAAUUAUCAUAAUCACAUUUCAGCCCCCAAAAGAUUUUCAAAAGAAAAAAAUAAAAAUAAAAAUAAAAAUAUCAGAUCCACCAAUCCACCAAACCCAUUUCUCACAGAUCUCAAAUCUGAGCCGUCCAUUCCAAUCUCUUAAACCUAUUUAUAACCCCCCUAUCCCCCAAUUCCUCUCUGCCUUGUCCCACUCUCUUCUUCUUCGAUCUUACAAAACCCCCCCAAUUCUUCUCUGUAAAAGAAGAGAGAGAUCUCAGAUCCGGAAUCCGAGAAAAACCCAUUUCUCAGAUCCAGAAACCCAUUUUCAGCCAUGGCUUUGUUGGUCGAGAAGACUACCUCCGGUAGGGAAUACAAAGUCAAGGACAUGUCCCAAGCCGACUUCGGCCGCCUCGAAAUCGAGCUCGCCGAGGUUGAAAUGCCUGGUCUCAUGUCCUGCCGGACUGAAUUCGGCCCUUCCCAGCCCUUCAAGGGUGCCAGGAUCACUGGAUCUCUUCACAUGACCAUCCAGACCGCUGUCCUCAUUGAGACCUUGACUGCAUUGGGUGCUGAGGUCAGAUGGUGUUCCUGCAACAUCUUCUCCACCCAGGACCACGCCGCCGCCGCCAUCGCCCGUGACAGCGCCGCAGUGUUCGCCUGGAAGGGAGAGACCCUCCAGGAAUACUGGUGGUGCACGGAGCGUGCCCUUGACUGGGGUCCUGGUGGUGGCCCAGAUUUGAUUGUUGAUGAUGGUGGUGAUGCAACAUUGUUGAUCCACGAGGGUGUUAAAGCCGAGGAAGAGUACGCCAAAACCGGGAAAUUGCCCGAUCCCGCUUCCACUGACAAUGCUGAGUUCCAGAUUGUUUUGACCAUUAUUAAGGAUGGGUUGAAGACUGAUCCCUUAAAGUACACCAAGAUGAAGGAGAGACUUGUCGGUGUUUCGGAAGAGACCACCACUGGUGUUAAGAGGCUUUACCAAAUGCAGCAAAAUGGAACCUUGCUGUUCCCUGCUAUCAACGUCAAUGACUCGGUCACCAAGAGCAAGUUCGAUAACUUGUAUGGAUGCCGCCACUCACUCCCUGAUGGUCUGAUGAGGGCCACUGAUGUGAUGAUUGCUGGAAAGGUUGGAGUUGUCUGUGGUUAUGGUGAUGUUGGGAAGGGCUGUGCUGCUGCCUUGAAACAAGCUGGUGCCCGUGUUAUUGUGACUGAGAUUGAUCCCAUCUGUGCUCUUCAGGCCCUCAUGGAGGGAUACCAAGUCCUUACCCUUGAGGAUGUGGUUUCUGAGGCUGAUAUCUUUGUCACCACCACCGGUAACAAGGACAUCAUCAUGGUUAGCCACAUGAGGAAGAUGAAGAACAAUGCCAUUGUUUGCAACAUUGGUCACUUUGACAAUGAAAUUGACAUGCUUGGUCUUGAGACUUACCCAGGAGUAAAGAGAAUCACAAUCAAGCCUCAAACAGACCGAUGGGUUUUCCCUGAAACUAACAGUGGCAUCAUUGUCUUGGCUGAGGGUCGUCUCAUGAACUUGGGUUGUGCCACUGGUCACCCUAGCUUUGUUAUGUCCUGCUCCUUCACCAACCAGGUUAUUGCUCAGCUUGAGCUGUGGAAAGAGAAGAACACUGGGAAGUACGAGAAGAAGGUGUACGUCUUGCCCAAGCACCUUGAUGAGAAGGUUGCUGCCCUCCAUCUCGGCAAGCUUGGUGCUAGGCUUACCAAGCUUACCAAGGAUCAGGCUGACUACAUUAGCGUACCUGUUGAAGGUCCUUACAAGCCUGCUCACUACAGGUACUGAGGAAUGGCAGUGUUCCCCGGGCAACAAGACAUUUUGACUGCAUGGAUUUUUCUUCUUAUUAUACCAUGGAUUAUGUUAGGUUUUCUAGUAGUUUUAUAAUUUAAGGUGUUUUUUUUGUUGGUGGGUCGAUUUGGGGAAAAAGCUUAUAGUCUCAGCUUGAUGAAGACUAAGAAAAUGUUGGCAAAUAAGGGCAUGAACAGUGGUGGUGUGGAAUGAUGUGUUUUUUUUUUUUUUCACUAGCUGCUUUACUCUUAGGAUGAUUUGCUUUUUGUUAUUCUGUUGCCACAAGAAAAUGAGAAGAAAGAAUUACUAUUUUUUCCCUCCAUUGCUCCCCUGUUAUGGUUCAUUCUCGCUCUCUUUUUUCGGUUUUAGAAUGAUAUUUGUGGCUUCUGAAACAGCUGAAGUGUUUUCUGUUGAAUCUUUUAGGGUUGUCAUUUUCAUUGGUAGGUGAUGCCUGAAAUGGACUACCACCUACCCACCAAUAUUUAUUUUGGCCAAUUUGGACUAUCUUUUUGUGUUUAAAAUAUCUCCUGCGGUUACUGCAUUAGUCCAACCAGUUGGUGUAGAAAAUUGCAUUAUUGUGGCUGAACUGAGCCAAU